AUGACUUUGUGAUCUUGUAAAUGAGACGUACCAGCGACGUCAUAGCAGUGGGUCGACUCUAUCAUAGAAGAGCCAUGCUUGUUUGAGGGUCCGAAAAUGGCUGUAGCUAUACUCUUCAGUAGCGCUAGAUCACACCACCAACACUCGGCGUUUCCCGUCCAGAGACAAUACAAGGAUGAUUUGAUGCAAGGUCUGCAGUCGACGUUAGGUGUCUAUCCACAAUCUUGGCCAAACCCUUGGCUACAGGACCACGAUAUUACCCAUAGUUCCACACAAGCUUCCAGUGAAACAAGCGUGUAUUCGAACCUGACAAAAAGCGCACACCCGAUUAAGACUGAAGCAGACUGUUACAAUCACGUGCAAGUGAAAACGGAAACGUGUAGUUGUGAUAUCUGCAGUAGGUUGUUUGGUGGAGCUUGCCAUUUACUUCAAUUUGAAGAAAACAUUCGUGGUGAUACGUCUGUUGCUAUGGAAACUGAAUACAAUCCAGAGGAGAACACACUUUUUACAAACACCACACCUCUAAGGUCAGACGACGAGCACUUAUCCAAAGUAACAUGUAAAGUUUGUGGAGAGAAGCUAGUAGAAGACCAAGAUAUUUGUAAUAUAUCAAAGGAGCUAUCUUUUUUGUCGCAUGACGCGGACAAACAUUCGAGUGAGACAUUUUGCCUGACUUGCUUAAUGAACAAUGUAGUCACUUCUAUCCAUGAAAAAUGCGACAUGCUUGAUGACGUCACAGAUGGUAUCGAGUACGAAUGCUCUGUAUGUAUGGCAGUUUUCCAAAGUAGGACAGAAACUCACGAACAUAUGAAUACACACGACAGGAUCCAAAACCAUGCGUGUCCGUUCUGUCAAAAACAAUUUAGUAACGGGAAGCAGUUCUAUUCACACUUCCUCACACAUGAUAAAGAACAAGAAUUUACUUGUUGAUUAUGUCGAAAGGUGUUCACGUGUGAAAACAAAUAUCGGUCUCAUGUUAAAUCGCACACAGUGGCGGAUGCUUCGAGUAAACUUCACGACGACGCAGGCACAGGUGAUAUAGACAAGUGCAAAAGUGCUAAAGACAAUAUGUACAGUACAACGUCAUGUCAAGACAUCAACGUCAUCAGGAGUUGUGACGUCGGUGCUAGGUUGCAAAGUGGAGGCGAUAGUAGUACCGAUAUUCUUUACACGGAUCUAGUAGAGUCUGUCGAUGCUUCGUCAAAGCGCGACUGUGAUUCCAAUAUGGCGUCCGACGAUUUACCAGCCGUUAUCAGUUAUUGUGAAGCAUGUGAUGCCGCAUCGAGUAACGAAAGAGAGCAAGAUAUUAACUUAAAAUCCUGCAGAGAUCUGAGAUUUAAAGCAAACUGUUCGAAACAGGAUAGACUAGCAGGUUCAGUAGGAAGUUUAGGCGGGAUCGUCUGUUUAGAGAAUGACCGCAUGGAGAUCAGUAAUUUUGGGAAGGCUCGAGUAGUGAAAGACCGCACCAAGACGGAAGAGGAUGAAUAUAACCACAUCGAGGCUACUAACGAGGAACAGGAAGAAAGAAAGAAUGGCUUCAUGAAGGCUAGUAGCAAUGGAAAGAAAGGGACAGAAAGUGACCAAAUCAUAGAUAACAGCGGAGAUCAGGAAGGAGUAGAUGAUGCGCGAACUGAGAUAGGUAACGAAGAGAAGGAUAGUGAAAGGAAUAUCCAGAUCAAACAUAGUAGUGGCUCUCUUGGGGUUCAGCAGCAAGAACGUAACAUAUCUGACCAGAAACAAAAUACGAGCAAACUGCGUGACAUCAAAGAUGGGUACGAAGGUCAUGACGUCCUUCCUGAAGACAUAUGUAUGACUGAAAAUAGAUCAAAGGAGUUCAACAAGCAAGUCGAGACGGAGAAAGAAUCGGAAAAGGAAGUGUGGAAUCUAAGCUGGAAGAAGUUCAAUAUUGAUAAAAGUAAAAAGUUACACAUUAGGAAAACACUUGUCAUACCGAAAACACAUCCUGUUUCUUUGACAAAGAGACAAACAGAUGGCAGCAAUAAUGAGUUAUUGAUUGAGGAAGAUCAUCGCAAGUUUACACAACAAAUAACGACGACAGCGGUUGAAGCGAAAAAACCUUCACAUGACAAAAAUUAGAAAAAGUCGUCACAUGACAAAAAUAAGAAAAAGCCUUCAUAUGACAA